AUGGUGGUUGAUAGACGGCCGAGUUACAAUCGGCGUCCUUCCAUUCUGACUGACUACGAUUUGUCGGACAGCUUGAAGAGCAUUCUAGACGAUGUUCCCGCCACGAGCGAAAUGUUGACGUCGUCAUCUCAUCACACCAUGACGGCAGCAGCUGCGAGGAGCAGUCAACGUGGGAGUCGGUUGUUUUCCGCCGAUCAAAUGUCAGCCUUGCAAGCUUUGUAUGAUGAUGACAGUCUGGCAUCGUCCACGCAUUCGAGAUCGCUCUUUGGAGGUUCCACGCAUUCUCAAGCAUUGACGAGUUCGUCGUGGCACAAUCGAGGUUCGGGCAAUGGAGUCCAAACGGCCUACGGACGUCGAGGCCUCGGAUUGACCAAACGACAAUCUGUCCGGGACAUGACAUCGGCAUUGGAAGCCAAACGUAUCGCAUUACCGGCUCCCAAACGCAAAGAAAAUCCCAAUUAUCUCCCCAAUAUCGUGGGCGACUUGAAAGCGAGUAUUGCCGGACGCGACGUUUUCGAGGAUUACGAUCAUCGCAAAAAGGCCAAUUCCAUUUGUCGCUGGAAUCUACUCUGGUUAUUGCUACUACUGUUGGCACCCUAUCCACUCUGGUUGUCCUUUGUCAAUUGUCGCAUGGCGUACGAAAUGACUAUUGUACUCAACGCCAUUAUGACACUCAAUUUCAUCUACACCACGAUACUCUGUUGGAGGUACAUGUGGAGAAUGGUUCGCGCCUUCAAUACGCCAUUUUGGGAAGAAUUGGAUGAAGAAGUACGGGAAAAAGUACAACACAUUGUCGUCAUGCCCACGUACAAGGAACCCGUCGAAUUGAUUCUGGAGACGAUUUCCAGUAUUGCCAAUCAAACCGUUGCCGAUAGUAUCAUUUUGGUCGUGGGAAUGGAACAGAAAACACCCGAGCAGGAACUCAAAAAACAACAAAUCAACGAACAAUUCGGAUUAUCCUUCAAGGCACUCGUGUACAGCGUGCAUCCCAGUGGCGUACCGGGCGAAAUUCCCGGUGCGUGUUCCAAUCGCAACUACGCCGCACGAACCGCUGUCAAACACAUGAUUCGGGAAGGCAUGUUGCCCGUCGAUCCGCAAACCAAGGAAGUCGAUUUGGAUUUUACCAUGGUCACGGUCUGCGAUGCCGAUACCACCUUUUAUUAUCGGUAUUUCGAAAACUUGACGUCUCUCUUUUUACGGGAAGAUCCACAGACGCGAUUUCAAGUUUGUUGGCAAUCUCCACUCUUUUACAAUAUUGCACUCGACGAACGAUGGUUCUUUACACGGGUCAUGGGGAUACUGCGAUCCUACUUUAUGAUUGGUUUCCUCAUUGGAUGCGACAUUAACACCAUGAGUAUUUACUCACAAUCCCUACGAUUGCUCAUUCAAUCGCGGUACUUUCAUCCCGGGUAUCAAAUGGACGACAUCAUAUACACGCUGUCCGCCAUGAAGGCCACGGGGAAACGCAUUCGGAUUCGGGUCAUUGACAUUCCCACACUCAGUGGUCCCACGUCGGGAGAUACCAUUGUCAGCGAAUUCGAAGAAUGGGUGGUGCAGGCCACACGAUGGACCAUUGGUGCCGCCGAAGUAUUUCAUUACUUUUUUGUCAAAUUGCUGAGAGGGAACUACUUUCUGCCCGGAUUUGCCUAUUUUUGGUGGUUCGUGUAUUACUACGGAUUCGUACUCUGUGUCAAUGGAUUGGUCAACAUGUCCAAUACGGUCAUUUUUGUUCUCUCCUAUGCCCAGCCCGACUUGGCCAUGGAGCACUGUCAACCAUUUGGACUGGGAGAAGACUUUCAAUACGCAUGGAUCUUUCCCUUUUUCAUUAUCUUUACGCAAAUUUUUGUCUUUGGGACGGCAUUCUUCAUGGAUGCACUCGUCAGUCAGGUACUGGCAUUGGCGGAAGAAAUCAACCCCAUGCGCAACUUUUUUCACUACUUGAGCAGUCCCUUUGUGCUUAUGGUCUACUGUUUGGUCGAAUACAAGGCCAUUUUGACAAUUGCCAUUUACGGAAAGAAAGUAUGUGGACACAUUGCAUCCGAUAAGGGAUCCCUCGUCAAGUCAAGUGUGUUAGAUCCCAACAAAUCAUCACUAACGGCGAGUGUAGUGGGCACUGGUGGACCCGAUGGUUUGCCGCCGGCAGCCGCCGAAUCCUGGACCAACAGCAACAACAAUAAUCACAACGACAACCCCGAACCGUUUGCUUCAUCGAAAACCAAGAAACCAAAAAAGGACAACACGUUGCCCUUUCACAUGUCAAUUCUCAACGAAGGAGAGGAAGAAUCAUCGUCGGACGAUUCCAGCAGCAGCGCCGUAUCAUUUGCUUCGUCGUCGGAUUCGUCCAAUGAUUCGUGGCACGACGAAGAAGCACCGGCCGAACUGGGCAAAACGUCGUAUUCAUCCUAUGCGGCUCAAUCAACGACAGGAGGGGCCAGUGUUGGCAAUCUACUGCAAAGUUUGGAUGAAUCGUGUCGACGACUCGAAAAUCGAUUCCAACAAAAAUUGCUGGAGCGUCAGGAGGAACUGAAUGCCAGUCAGCGAUCGAACAGUGCCAUGAACGCCAGCUUUAGGUUGCCUGGUCUCAACAAUAACGGCAGCUUUGUCAUUCGUGGUGCCCGCGAACAGUCUGUCCACGAGGACGCUCGGGAUAGUAGUUUUGCCGAAGAAGAGGUACCCAUGUUGAGCAGUUCAAGAGCCGAUCGAACCAUGUCGCAACGAAGUGGGCUGCAAAAGGAGCCUUCGUUGAAUCUGCAAUCGAUUGGACUUCAAAAGCAGCCUUCCGUGUCAGCAAAGAGAGGUCCUGGAAUCAUGCAAAAGGAACCUUCCCUGAAUCUGCAAUCGCUGGGGCUUCAGCAGCAGGAACAACCUCCUCCGCUAACGGGCCCUGCAAGUAUGCAAAAGCAGGCCGCUGUGAAUCGACAAUCCAUGCUUCAGAAACAACCAUCCAUGGUGGCACGGGGGCCCGCGGGUAUGCGACGACAAGCUUCGCUGCAGCAGCAAUCCAUGAAUCGACAACCGUCCACAUCAUUUUCAAGUCAGCCAUCAACGUCCCUUUCGAGACACUCUUCCGGAAUGUCUCGCAACUCGCAAAACUCCUUUGCUUCCGGCUCGGUCAACACCAGCCAAACACAGAACGGGGAUCGCAAACCGCCACCUCUCCUUCUCGCUUCGCCGGGAGACUUUGGCAGCAAAAAAGAUGCGAACAACAUUAAUGCUGCGGUCGCGAUUACGAACGAUCCUGUCGUGGAAGCGUCGCGAUCGUCUCCAUACGAGAGCGCUUGGAUGAACGAGGGGUCUACCCCCGAGAGCAUCACACGGCGUCCACUUAUUAUGCAAAUGUUGGACUGGUCAAAAAUGCAACAGGACAAGGAAGGGGCUCAUGGGUAUGCCGCUCCAUACAUGAGGGGCGUGAUGUCCAGUCUCGACGAGGAAGCCUACAUUCCGCCGCAACGGUCGUCGGACGAAAAUGGGUAUCGAUCGUAUUUGAUCAGGAGAUAG